CGUUAUUUUUAAUCAAGAAGCAGGUGUUUCACAUUAAUUCAACUAAUUGUUGACAUCAGUAAAAAAGUUAAUCUUGUUUUAAAAUUUUAACUUAUACUCUGUGAUUUCGAUUACGUGAAAUGGUAAAAUAUUGCUCACUGCUAUUUAGUUCCACCGUAGUAAAAUAUUCAUGCAAAACGAAAUUAAAUGCAAUUCUUUUUUUGUGUGUUCGCGGCUUUCUUGACCACUAGAGACAUCCUACAUAGAUGUUUGUUUUCGUUUUUUUUAUUGCCACGUAAAGCUCUCAAAGAGAAAUGAAACAUCAUGUUUGAUAAAUAAUCACUUAAGCGGUUUUUGUUGAAAAUUGAGUAAGCUGAAAAUGGAAUUUCUUAAGAAUAUGUGAAAGCCUAUUUCUUUUAAAACAAAGGAUGACUGGCUAUCAAAAGCUCCUGUUACUAUUAGGUGUCACUCUUUGUCUUCAUUUAGGAUAUGCUGUUCCUAUAACGGAAGGUCAUCAUGAAAUACCAUAUCACAUGGAAUCUUUGCCAGGCUAUGCUGUAUUCUUAAUCUCUGCUGCUGCAAUUCUUUUACUUGGUUAUGUUGUUAUAGGAUGUGUCUGUUGUCCUAAUCACAACAUUAAGGCUCUUUCUUAUCAAAAUGGAUUUCCUGUAAGCCGACUAAAUGACAAUUCCUUGCAAUUUGAAAAUCCUUCUGAAUUUGCCAUCUUUCCUCCACACUCUGCAGUCAUUGAUCUCCAGCCUGUCAGUUUGUCUUAUCCUAUUUUCGAAGACAAGGUCACAUUUGAACCUCUACCAGACAUUCUCCCGAGAAAACUGUCUGGUCAAAGUGCUGCAUGUUCAUCUAGGCCAGCACAUUUCAGAGCCCUGCUCAAAAAUAAAAUCUCCCUUCAUGAUUGGUUCAAUGAUCCCAUCAGUAAUUUUCCCCGUGACCAACUGCAGUACAUCCGAGAGUUAGGCUGUGGAUGGUUUGGGCGUGUUGUGGAGGGAGAAGCUUCUAAUAUAAAUAAUUCUGAAGAGAAAACUGCUGUCCUUGUGAAGAUUUUGCGUGAGGAAGCUUCACCUUCAGAACAUCUGCACUUCCUGCAUGAAGUCAGGCCUUAUAGGGAUUUGGCUCAUCCAAAUGUUGUUCGCCUUCUUGGACGUUGUCUCGAAUCAGAUCCUUUUCUUCUUAUUAUGGAACAUAGUAUAAGUGAUCUUAAAACAUUUUUGGUACUACAUGAAAACAAGGAGAGCUUUAUAAAGAAUGGAAUGUUACUACAAAUGGCAUGCAAUGUUGCUGCAGGUUUGAAGUGCUUGCAUGAAAAUGGUUAUACUCACAUGGAUCUUGCUGCACAUAAUUGUUUUGUGUGUAAAGAUUUUACUGUUAAAGUUGGAGACUAUGGAAUAUCUUUUGAUAAAUGCAGGGAGGAUUACUACUGUUUAGGUGGUAUUGCUUUGCCGAUUCGAUGGUGUUCUCCAGAGACCCUUUUGUGUACUGAUGCUACUAUUGAAACCAAAGAGAUAACCAAAGAAUCAAAUGUAUGGGCAUUUGGCAUUAUUUUGUGGGAAAUUUUUGAGUUUGGAAAGUUACCUUAUGAAGAGCUGACUAAUGAAGAAGUCCUUCAAAAAGUUCUCAUUGAGAAAACUAUUCAAUUAAAUGCUCCAUCUCAAGAGUUCCCUGUCAAAGAAGAAUUAUAUCUUAUUAUGAAGGAAUGUUGGAAGCCGGCACAUUUGCGACCAACAAUGGAGAAAGUAGAAAAGUUUUUAACUCCUCUGUACAAUGAUCGGCACAACCUUAAAACUUUAGAAACAUCUUUUGAAGAACGUUGGAAUUCUUUGCCACCUAAAAUAGGGGACACGAAACUCCUGGGAACUGAUCUUACACACCUAAAAUUUGAAAAUGAUUUUUCUGACAAAAGCGACUCCCACAACUAUUCUUCAGAUGGAGAAAGAUUUUCAUCAUUUGAGAUGUCUUAUGAUAUGGCUUCUAAAAGUAUUGGUAGUCACUUGUCUCCAAGUUUAAGAGUAUUGAAUGGAAGCAUUGAUGAGUUGACUGAAAAUGAUGGUUGCCUGAACAGUGUUUCGCUAGGUUGUGAAAAAAGUACUACUGAUGCAGUUUCUGUAGAUUCAGAUGUUCUUCAGUUGGAAGAUGAUCAAGGGAAUCAAAUGAGAGAUGAUGUAAGAGAUCAACAUUCUUUAAAACGUCAGUUGCAUGGAAAAAAGAAUGCCAACCCAUUUAUAUCUGAAGACAGCUUAGACGCAGUGUCCAAAGAAAAUGAUUUAAAAAUUGACUGUUAUGAUGUUAAAACAUUACCAAAUUUAAAUGUACUUAAAACCUUAGAUAGCAAUUCUAAUGAAUUAAAUAUUGAUUCUGAAAAUCUUAACUGGGUGCAUGCACAUAAAUUAGAUGGACUUGAAAUAUAUGUAGAAAAUAAUCCAGAUUCUAUUAAUGACAACAGUAUUUUAUAUUGCGAGAAGAAAAAUGAAGCCACGGAAAAUGCUCUUGGUUUGAUAUCUGCCCCAGAAGAUUUUUCAGAUCAAAUAAAUUCAUGUAAGCAUGGUUUAAACACUAUUCCUGACAUCAUCAUACAUGAAUUAGCAUCUACAGCUGAUAAUUCUCAUGAUGAAAAUGAAAAUAUGAUGGAAGAUUGUAGCGGUCAGAGAUCUUAUUCUGAAGCUGUUAAACCUUUUAGGUUUGUUUUCAAAGAUGAAUCUGUCCCCUCUAUAGAUAAAAGUGCUGUAAAAAUUUCUGAAGUUGUAUCAAGUGGUCAAGAUACUCCAAAUGCUACAGAUUCUUCUCUGGAAAAAACGCCUGUUGAUUUGAAAUCAAAACUGAGAUCUCGGCAUCUAACUAGUACACCUAUUAAAAGUGAUCAUGAUAUCAACUUGAACUGUUCUAAUUCCGUAGCUGAAGAUGAUGACUCUGGAAAUGUUUUUUAUGAUAAUAAUUAUGAUGUUAAAAAUUCAAAUUCAAGUCUUUAUGAAGAAUCUGCAUUGAAAAGUGAAUCCACUGUUGAAACUAAACCAAAUCCUUUUUAUGAGAAAGAUUCUGAAAAUGUUCUAAAAAUGCCAACUUUCAAUGAUACUUCUGAUGUUUUGCAAAAUAAAUCUGAUGUUUCAACCUCAAAUAAUCAAAUCGUUGUCAGCAUACCAUUACCUAUUUUUAACUCUGAAAUAAAUGAGCACAGUUCUUCAGUUGCAGGAUUAAAGCAUUCAGAUGCAUCAGAAAUCGAAUGUUUUCAGAAGCUUCAAUUCUCUCCUGAAAAAAGUAAUUUACAUGAUUCAGACCCUAUGAAUCCUGAAGAUGCUGCAUCUGCAAACUUUGGCGAAUCAAUAACUCCCGAAGUAUCAUUCAAUGUAUCUAGUUGUAGUUACGGAAAUGAUUUUAGAAGUAUAAGUACUGACAGUCCUGGUGUCUCAUCAAGUAAUAAAGAUUUAGAUUAUGAUUCACCUAUUAAGAAAUAUGAUCCAAAUAUGCACUGUGAAAUAGGAUUUGCUACAACUCCUGAAUGUUUGGUAAAAGAUGUUGAAUACCACAAUCAUAUGGAAUUUCUUGAUUCAGGCACUACUCAAGAUAUUCGUACCCUGGAUUCAGAAGCAUCUGGCUCCGAGUACCUUGAAUCCUUCUCUCCAGAUGCAACACCUAGCCACAGUGAUGAAAAAAGAAUGGAAUCUAUUAAUAAUAUGAGACCUGUGAAAUUGAAUUUCCAAAGCAUAUCUGCGAUGAAUAAAAGAGAUCUGCUUUAUGAUGAAGAUGAUUUAGAAAAUGAUUCUGAAAGCGACACAAAUGCAUAUAAAAGUAAAUCUGAACUAUGUCUCCAUCCUUAUGAUGAAGUGAUUGUCGAAGACUUAGAGACUGGUGAGCAGACCAUCAUAACAGAGAGUUUCUCAGCAUGUGAUGAUUUUGAUAAUUCUGCUGAUAGUGAUGAAAUCUUGAAGAUCAAUAUCGAAACAGAUGAAGCAAUUAUUGUAGAUUCUUCAGAAGCACUCAUAGGCUUUGUACCUAGUCGUUCCAUUGAAUUAUUGCAGGAGUGUGAAAUUAUUCCAACAUUAAAUCCUUCAUUUACUGUUGAAGAUGAAAAGGAACCUGAAGAUCCAAAUCAUCUUGAUGGUUUCAAUUCAACUUCUUCGUCCCCAGUUGUCAUGCAAUCAGCUAGUAGUCCUUGUGAAUCUCCAGAAUCAAUUCAUCCCUUGCAUCAACCUUACAGAAAUUUCUCUCUUCAAAAUGAAGUGAUAGAAGAAGAAAUAACAGAUGAAAUUGCCACGCCAUCAUCUAUUCACUCUACUGCAUCCUUCAGUAGCAAUGAAGAUUUUGUGGAGGAGGAAAAAAUGUCACAAAGUUCCGAGUCAUACAGUGAAGAAAUAUGUGAAACUUCUGUUUUGCCUUCUAUGGAUCACUUUUUCAAUGAAAGCAAUGAUGGUUCCAGGUCUGACAUUAGCAAUUCAGACUGUUCACCAGUUCAUGGUGAGAACGGUGUAGUGAACAACAUUUAUUAUGUAAAAGAUUAUGAAAACAAUCGUGUUUGCAAGGAUUUACAAGAUGUUAUGUAUUCAAAGCAACCCACUCAAUCAGUGUGUUGGCAUUCAGAUGAAACCUUAGACAUAGAAAGGAACAGCCCAGUCAUUCUAGAAGGUCAAGAGAUUCUUGCUGGUGGUGUUCUAGAAACUUGCGAGAUGUCUGUUAAAGAUAUUACAGCCACAUUAAAUCAGCUUGAAGCAGAUGACUCUCUCAAUCGUCAAACUCUGAAUCAAUUAAGCAUUUCCCACAGCCCUUCACCUUAUAGCAGUCUAGAAUCGUCUCCCUGUAGAGAGGCAUACACUCCUGAUUUUGAGAGCGAUAGUGAUGAUGGUGGCACAUCAUGUAGUUCCACAUCAGGAUCUUUUGAAUGUAUCCACAAUAAAUUCAAAGAGACAAUUGAUGUAUCAAAGGCUGGAAAUGAAAUUGAAUCAUCUGACAGUAGUCGAGAGCCAAGUCCAAAGAAAAUAUUUUCCAAGACAUGGGAUUGCCAUGCUACACCUUCAAAGAGUGUUCUUGUAACACCAGAAAAAAAAUUCAACUCUUUGAGAAAAAGUGUUUCUUUCCAUGAGGAAGACCCUCAGAUUGUCUUUGAAUAUCCACCUGCUUCUGAUAGCAGUGAAGAUGACCACGUACAGGAAGAAAUAACUCCUUGGAAUACUGCUUACAAUAUUUUCGCAGAUUGGGAAUUACAUGUUCCUGAAAAUGAAGAACCUGAAAUUGAAGAAGUUUUAGAAAUUGAAGAAUUAGAUUCUGAACCUUAUGUUCGACGGCCUACGUAUGGUAUUGGUUCUUCUUUAGGACCUAUGAACCGUCCAAUGUACUCAUUCACAUCUGGAUUCUCUGAUGAUGAAAUGGAUCUAUCUGAAGUACUGGCUAUGCCUUCGAAAUCAAUUGCCCCUUCCAAUUCCCCUGAAGAAGGAAAGCAUCCCUCUCUUUCAGGAGAUCAAAUUAGUGAGCUUAUAAAAAACCAGCUGAAUAAUUUAGCUUUAGAAGAGAGUCGUCUGAAAUGGAUGCAGGACGAACUGGACCAGCAGUCACAUGAAUUCAACUACAUCAACUCUGCCCUCGAUAGAUCUCCUACAUCCGUCCAUAUCACAGAGGAAAGUGGCAAUCCUGAAUCACUACAGGUUGAACCCAAAAAUGUUACCGUCCCCAGAGAAAUUUCUGACUCUGAACUAACCAACUCAGAAGAAUUUAAACUCAAUGAGAAGAAAAAUAAUUUAGAUUUAUUUUCAUUGAAUAUAAAGAAAAAUAUCAAACUGACAAAUGAAUUGAAUGAUAAUGAUUGCCAUUCAAAUGAAAAUCAAAAUGAUUCUGUUCAUUUGAAUGAUAAUGAUUGUCAUUCAAAUGAAAAUCAAAAUGAAUCAAUUCAGUUGAAUGAUAAUGAUUGUCAUUCAAAUGAAAUGAAUGUAAGAAGCAGUGAGCCCUUAGAAAGUAGGUGCGAUUUCGAAGUAGAGACUAAUAAUUUUUCUGAAUCAGAGAAAACUGAAAUAGAACUUAGUAAUUUGUUGAUUAAUUUUGAAGAAAGCAGUUGUAGUCCCCCAGCUGAUUUUUCUGUUCUAGGUUCAGACUAUAAAUAUAUGUUGGAGAAUGAUGGACCCCUAGUUCUUAAAAAGGAUUUAAGUGCUUGUCCUUCUAAUUUCUCAGAUUUUGAGUCGGAUGAUAACAAGCAAAACUUAACUUUUGAUGCUAUUCAGCAGAAUAUAGAUCCAUUGCUUCAUAUUUUUUCACCUCUUGAAGCAUCUGAUUCUAAAAAGGUAGAGUUGUUAGUUGAUACAUCAACUUCUGAUGAGAAGUUAGAUGGUUUUUCUGAUGAUAAAAAAGUGCCAUAUAAAUCUGUAUUUGCUGAUGAUAAUGAACAACACAAUAUGUCCGAAACUGCACCAUUAAAAUUUGUAGAAGGGAAUACUAGACCAAAUUCAGCUAAAAAUAAGUUGAAUUCCUAUAAAGAAAUCAGUUUGGAUUCUUUGCAGAAUGAUUUUGAUAAUGAAAAGUUGAACUCAAGUCACACCCCUGUAUUAGAUUCUAACCUCACAAAUGAUUCUUUGAAUCCAAAUUUAGAGAAAUUUGCUGAUGAUGAAGUUAAGAAAAUUCUUAAUUUAGAUUCUGUAAUUUCCAGUCAAACAGAGGGAAAAUCCUGUGACUUUGUAACUAGUGAACUAGUAGUUACUGAAUCUUGUAAUGUUGCAGAUUGUCAAUUUUUAGAUGAACUAGAUGAGAAAGCAAGCAUAUUUGAGGAAACCAAAAUGGAAGCUGAAAAUGAUACUACCUUGAUAAGUGAUAUUUUGCUGGUUCAAAACACAACAGAAAAUCAAAUUAAUAAUGCAUCAGAAACAAAUCUGAAUGGCAAAGUAAAUCAUUUUAUAUCCAAUGAAAAUCAUAAAGAUGUUGAAAGUUUCUUUCCUGAGACAAGAAUAUUUUCUGAAAUUAAUUGUAAUGAUAUUCUUUUUGAAAAAAAGGUAACAGAGAAAUCUGGUAGUAUUCUGGAUUCUGAGAUAGAUAUAACUUUUCCCAAUUCUGAUGGCUGUAGUGAGAAACUUACUGCAAAUCAGGAAAUCAAUCCAGAUAAGAAUUACGUGGACAAUAACUGUUACCAGUUUACUUCUAAAAUUAUAGAUGAAAUGAAUAAAAACGUUUCUUUCGAUCAUGUUGAGGGUGGAAACAAUAAGAAUUGCUCAUCAGAUCCAAAAAAUGAAGCUUAUAUUAGAGAUAAUAUAUCUCCUGAGACAGUAGAAUUUGAUUCACUAAAUGAGAACUGCCCUAGUGAUGAUAAAAUUCUUCCAGAGAAAGACAGCUUGUUUAAAAAUGAGAUAAAUUCUCUUGUAUCUAACUCAGAUUUGGGCAAAGAAAGUGCCUUGAAUUGCACAGAUUUGACAAAAAUUCUUGAAGUAACUGGUAAGAAAAAUACAGUGCAGAAAAAACUGCUUGAGCCUUUGCCACAAAUAGUUAUCACUCCUGCUAGUGAAAGCGAUGUUGAAGAUGAACUGGAGCAAUAUCUUCAUGAUCAGUUAGAAUUUUUUCAUGGACCAUCCGUGACUGAAGGAGAAGACUUCUCUGUCACAUCACAAUUCUCAGUUCGACCUUUCGAUGAUGUCUUUGGAUCUCAAAGUGCAUCUCACAAUUCUGGAAAUUAUAUCGAAGCUUUCAAUUUUGAAUUUGAAAGUGGAGAUUUCUUUGAAGAUUUCAUAGAUGAUUAUUCAACUGAAAUGAGUAACAAUCGAAGAUUUCCUUUAGAUAAUGGAAAUUAUCAAUGGUGGGAAUCUCCUGAGGCCCCACCAAUGAUUGAAAAGUCUUCAGAUGAUGACUCCAUUUCAAAACCUGAAACUAGUCCACAAUACUGUUCUUCAAAGGAUGCAACCCAUCUUUAAUUAAAAAAUAGUAUUUAUUUGUUUCAUAUGAUUUUUUCAAUCAUGAAUGGAACUGUGGAGAUUCUUGUAAUAUAUAUUUUUGCUUCCCAGUCGGAUAUUUUCCUGAAAUGUUGAAGAAAUUCUUUGUUGUUGCCAUUUUGUAUUGUUUCAUAUUUGCAGCUGUUUAGUUUGAGAAAAGAUUAUAUUCCAAAUUUGUGAAGCAUUUCUUAGGUGAUUUUAUCAUCAUUUGAUCUCAAUGUCUGUCAUAUUGUAUAUAUUUGUAGUCUCAUGUUGAAUACCUUUGUUAAUUGUUGGGAAGUUUGUUUCAGUAUGCUUAAAUUUAUUAAGUAAUCAUGUUUAAAAUAUUUGAGGAGAUCAAAAUGUUUAUUUUAAAUAUUAACUGAUUAUUCAGCUUCAUUUCUUCAUUCAGAAAUUUCCCACCAAAACAAAUUUUGGUUGGAAAUUUUCAUUACUAUCUCCCACCCUGCUCCGAAUAUUUUGUUUUCUAUUAAUUCAUUCUACCCUUAUAAUUAAAAGUAGUGAAAUUUAUAUUUUAAAUUCCUCAACCUUUUAAUAAAAUAUAUAGUACUUUUUAAAAAAAAUUAAAAGCUAAAAGAAGUUUUAUUAAUUGUAAAAAUAUCCCCCCCCCACUUUAUUGAGUAAAAAUAGCAUAUAUGUUUACAUGAUGCUGAGAUAUUUAAAUUUUCGAGUAAAGAAUUUUUUAGUCAAAUCAAAUUAAUCAUUAUCAAUUAAAACAUUAAAAAAAGUUUUCUCUAAAUUAUUCAUUCAUAUUUAAAAUAUAUGUAAGCCACAUUUUUCUGUAUAGGCCAAGAACAGUAUGAAAGUUCAUAGACAUUGUUAACAAAUAACUUCAAUUUUAGAAUUGCUUUUUUAUUUCCCUUCAAUCAAUAUUUAAAUUCUUUUAUUGUAUUUGCUAUACAUAUGUAUUUCAAUAUGCCUUUAAUUAUAGAUUGUAUUUCUGACUGCAUUUUGCUUGGUUGUCAUGUAAUGAUACAAUAAUUGUUACAUUUGAAUAUUUUUCGUUAAAUUACAAUUUUUAUUUUUCCAGAUUAACUUUUAACUUGGUGAUAUUUUUAGUUAUUUGCUUCACAGUGUUUAUAGAAUUUGCAUUAAAGCUUAUUUGCAAAUUAAGCCAUUUUUUUUCUUUUUAAAUUUAAAGUAUUAGUGGCUAAUUUGGAUAAUAAAUAAUUUAAAGUUUUAAAUUGUAUUUUUAGUAACUUGCAUCUGUUCUCCCCACCCCCACCCCCAUUUUUUUUUUUUUUUUUUUUUUAUUUGCUAAAUUAUAUGCUUACUUAUUCUUUUGUUGAUUUCCAGUUAUAAAAUUUGCACAUAUUGUAAUUCUGAUUACUUUAAAUAUUUGUAUUUGAAAUUACCUUUUGCACUUAUGAUAAGUAUUUAACCACUCUUGUUUCUUUAAAGUAUUCAGAAUGUUUUUAUGCCAAUAUAUUUUUUGAUUAUGAGGUUUGUGAAAUAAUCAUCAGAAUAAUAUGUGCAUAUUUUCCAUGCAAUCCCUUUGAUUCAGUCCCUUUCAUGUUGUAUUCCUUAAUUUUCUUUAAAAAAUGUUUUGUCAUUAAUAGUACUUUUAUCCAUUCUUGGAAAAAGUUGCAUUAAUUAUAAAUGGAUGUAUUGGUUUAAUUUUUUGAAGAAAAUCUUUUUCAAAGAUCUAUGUCAAAUCUUGUUUUGGAGUAAUUUCAUUGUACUGUUUAAAUGCAAACUAGAUAAAUGAACAGAAUACAACCUUUUUUCAAAAAAUUAAAAAAAAAAAAAACUACUUUUAUUUUAUAUUAUUUUGUAAUAAUGGUUUAAAAGAUAUAAGGGAAUUUGAGCAGUUUCAUUAUUUCAUUUUGAAUUUUCCACAAAUAAUAUUUCAAGGGACAAUCAAAGAAUUUCUGUUUUGGAAUUAGAAAAAAAUUUGAGAUUUGUUGCUCAUUCCUCGCUAAGAUAUUUUCUGUUGAUUUCCAUUGGCAUACUAUUCUUAAUUCUACGUUAAGGGUUGUUUGAGUCAUAAAAAAUAACUUCAGAAUAAUGAUCUUGCAUACUAAUGAUAAAAUGGUUUUAAAUAAUAAUUCCACACUUUAGAAACUAUUCUUUAAAGAAUGUGGUUAGAAUUUUUGAAUUGUAUGAAAUAUUAUUUAGAAAGAUGAUUUUGAAUUGUAUAAAAUAUUAUUUAGAAAGAUGAUUUUGAAUUGUAUAAAAUAUUAUUUAGAACGAUGAUUCCUACUAGUCACAUGAGAUUGUUUUAUUCAGUCAUUCUAUAUAUGAAGUCAAGUGUGUCAUAUAUACAGGUAUUGUAUUUGUUAGGAGAUGCCUUAAUUGUUAUUCCUGUUGAAACUGCACUGCUGUUGACAAUCUGCAGGGAAUUUUAUUUUUAUGUGCUUUUUCGUGAGUAAAAAAUUUCCUAGUGCCUCGUUGUACAUACCCAGCGAAAAAAAAAAAUUUUUUUCUUUAUCAUUUUUCAUUUUAGUUGAAUUUUAAAUAUAUUGAGUCAUCAAUUGUGUUUAUGUAUUAUUUUGCUUUGUCUUUUUUGUGCUUUGUUUUACCUGUGCUCUUUAUUUUAUUUUAUUUUUUCCCAUUAUGGAGUUUAUGUUUUCAGUAUUGAGGAGAAAGGAAAAAAGCCAAAUGCCUCAAUUACUAUUAUGUCACUGAAAUUGUAAAUUCCUGAAUAUAAUUAAACAGCUGGUUUAAAAUGUUGCUAAAAAUUUAUCUGAAGAUUUACAUAGUUAUCUUAUAUAGACUUCUGUUUCCUAUUAGGUACCAAAAAAAGUGAAUGUCUAAUCUUUUAUGUGUCUGUUUUGGCGUGACAUUUCAAAUCUGUAGUAGUAAUUAAGACAAAAGAUUGUUUUCAACCAUAGAGUAAAACAACUCAAGUUGAUAGCAUGUCAAAAAUUAUGACUGGACUCAGCAUUGUUAGAUGACCUAACAUAUAGAAGAUGUGUAGCAUCGGAAUAUGUGCUUUAAUUUGGAAAAAGGUCCUUAAAAAUUGCUUAAUUUUCUUAAGAAGAGCAAAGAAAACUUUGUUUCCCCAGACACUGUACAUGAUAAAUCAAAAGCAUGGUCAUAACGAUUUGUUUAUUGGGUGUAUCUAGAAAGGAAACCAACUAAAGAAAUGAAUUCAAACAAAUCUAAAGUGAAAUAGAUCCAGGAGUGCCACCACAUAUUAUGAUAGCACCUAAUGGGUUUUUUUUCCUCCUGCUCCCUCUUUCUUACCAUUUAUUGAAAAAUUAGAAUGAUUAUCCUGAAGGGACAGUACAAAUUACACACUUGUGGUGAAAAAUGUUUGAGCUUCAAUUUUUAAUGUUUCAGAUAGUGAAGAAUUUAUCUUAGUUGUGCCUGAUAAAUGCAUAUGUAAUCUUUUAUAUGUUGUUAAAAAAGAAUAGGCAGAUUUGUCUGAUCAACAGAAAGUAAAAAUGCAGCAAUAUAAAUUUGAAUUGCCAAAGAGAUACAUCGAACAUGGGAGAAGUUGCUCUAAAAAUACUUACAAUGAAACAAAGCUCUUUAGUAUGUUACACAUUCAAUCAUCCCUCUCGUUAACAUGUUGCUUUAGAGCAAUCCCUUGAACAGUUUAUUAAAGGGAUUUUACUAUAUUAUAUUGAGGUGUAAUUCAUUGUGAAAUUAUUCGAUUCGAUGCGAAAUUGUUCAAUUGCAUAAAAUCCAGUAUGAUAAAAUUUUUUGAAGCUAUAGGUUUUCAAUUAUCAUAAUUUUCUUCACUCUAAUGUCUCCAAUAUUCUUUGAAAAUUAUUAUUUCUUGAACCAGUCUCCAAGAUUCAAUUUUUGUUCUUAUAUAUAUAUGUAUAUAUAUAUAUUUUUUUUUAGCCCUUCUAGAUUUGGUAUUUAUUAAAUCAAAAAAAUAUCCAAACUUUUAUAAUUUUUCUCUUUUUGUAAUUGAAACGGUUUUUUUCCCCCUUCUUCUUUUCCUUUCUUUUCUUUCUUUAUUUCCUUUAGUUUCCCAUUGAAAUCUCUCUAUACAUAUUAAGGUUUGUCUUCAUUGACAAAUUAACAUGCAAUAAACGAUUGAAGUUAAAAGCAUGAAAUUUGGUAGGAAGUUGCUUCUUAGGUACUAAAGGCGAAUGAAACAAAUUUUUAAUUAGAAGUUUAAUUUAAAAAUAAAACAGAAUAAUAUUUCUGCUGUAACUUCUAAGCAUAUAUUAUUGCACAAAAAUUAUUUUUACACUGUUUUAAAAAAUAUGACCUCUCAAUGACACCAUUUUUUUUCUUUGAAUAAAUGCAUUUUCCCUCCUUUAGUUUGUAAUUAGAUUUUUAUUGUAAUAAAUUCAAAAUAUCAUUGAAUCGUUAUGUUACAUUAAAUAUGUUAACAUCGUGAUUUUAAAAAAUGCCUGUUUUCUUUCUUUCUUUCUUUAUUUAUUUCGCAUUAAUUUAAAUUUUAAAACAUUUCAUGGAAUGAAUUUCUUCAUUUAAUUAGGGUUUAAUUUUUGAGGUAAUAUGUUUUAUUCUCUCAUGCUGGCUUGAAAAAAUAUUUUUCGAAAAAUGCAUCAACUAAAAUUUUAUAUUUUCAUUUUACUUCUAACUGUAGAAUUGCUGUCUUUAUUUUUAUUUAUUUAUUUAUUUUUAUGAAUUUGUUUCUAUUAUUUAAAAAAAACUAGGAAUUGUGAAAGCUUUUUCACUUUUUUGUAAAAUAAUAAUCACGUUUAUCUUUAAUAUUUUUUAAAAACUAAAGUAAGAAUAUAUUUAGUUUUCCAUAUAGGUUAAAAAGCAGGUCUUAAUUAAAUUUUAGAAAUAUGAAAUAUUUGAAAAAGCUCUUUACUAAAAUCCAAAAUUAAGAAGUAAUAUGUAAUCUUUUACAUCUUGACUGUUUCUAAGUGCUGCGUUUUCUCUGUUAAAAAGUUUUAUCUAAAAAUAAUUGGAAAAAUGUGACGAUUUUCCACAUUUUUGGACUGCCACAGAUUUGUGGUAUUGUUCUAUCGACAAUUUCUUGGCAGCUUUCCCAAUCUUAUGAUGGUGCCCAUCCUGGCAUGUUUUUAACUUUAAAGGGUUGCAAAUAAAAGGUUUUGGAUUACUAAAUAUGGUGAGUUAAUACAGAAGGAAAUUUACAUCUUCCAGCCCAGCCUUGUCAAAUAUUUGUUGCAUAUAUAAAAAUAAAAUGCAAAAUUUUUAGUUAUUUGUGCUUUUACAUCAAUGUCAACAUUUUUAGGAAUGAUGUAUUAAUCCAAAUUCUUUAAUUUUUUUAGAAAUAUUGAAAAGAUUACUAUUUUUAUUUUAUUUUUUUAAUCUUGUGAAAGUUGAUUUUUUCUGUAAUGGUAGCUUUAUUUUUUUAAUGAUAAUUUUUAUGUUUUUGUUUUACAGUAGAAGACAACAUGAACAGCAAAAUCCAAUGCUUGAAAAUGCAAUAUCUCAUUGCAAACCCUGAUAUAUAUCUAGCUUUUAUAAAAAAGAUUUUCAAUGCAUGCAGUAUAUAUUAAAUAAUAAUUAUAUAUUAAUACUAAAUAUUUUUUAUAUAAUUGAAUUCUGGUCAAAUAAAACUUUGUAGUGAUUGCCCUGACUACAAAUUUUGAUAAUUACUUCUAAAGAGUGAUAAGGGAGAAAAAAAUGUAACACAACAUAAAAGAAAAGUAAAGUUUUUUGCGAGUUGAUAAUAAUUAAUCUGUAUGAUUAUCCUCCCUCUUACACAUUAUAUUUAAACCAGACAUUAAAGCUUUCUGUGUAUACCAUCAACACCUUUUAUCAUUGCUGUCCUCGAAUGUUUAUUUAUUGAGUCCAAAGUAUAAAGUUAAUAGCUAGAUAAAAUAUGCACAUUGUUGGGUUCUACAUAUUGCUUGUAACAGGAAGUAAACAUUUCUAUAAAGUGAAGCAUUCAUUAAUAAGAUGGGUGCUCUUUGUGUAACCAUAGGAAGUUGCAUGGAACAGUUUUUAUAAAUGUUUUCUUUUGCAUUCUGUUAAUUCAUUCUAAUUAACAUCGUUGUAAUUAGAGCAAUCAUUUACUUAGUAUGUUGAUAGUUCUCGUAUAUCUUUAGAUAUAUUGGGUCUAUUUUGAGAAUUACAAAAACAGUUCAUAAAUUUUCCUAUGCUAUCAAACUGAGUGACAACAGCAUAAUAAAAUAAAAUUCCAGAUAAUCAAGAUUUUAAUUAUCCUUCUUCCUUUAAUUUGAUUCUUUUUACCCAUUGAAUGGAUAAGCCAAAUGAAUAUUUAAUUAGACAAGCUCAUGGCAAGUUAUUUUGAUUUUAGCUAGCUUCUUUCAUUUAAGAAUUAAUUUUUAUAUUGGAAAUUCAUAAUUUUCUAAAGAAAUUGUCAUUUGCCAAAGAUUUUGUCAGAAACAAAAAUAUUCUUUAAAAAAUAUAUUCAAAAGUUCAUGAUUUAGAUACUUAUUUUUCAGAUUUUGAUUUUACUUAUCAUAAGUAAUUAAAAUAGUUCUUUAAGUGAUCAAUU